GAGGACUCGGAGGUAGUCACCGAACCACCAAGCAAGCAACCACACCAAAAACAUGAAUUAAUUGCAUUUAAACCGCAGCUCCUCGCUCCUCGUUACAAGCGAAUGCACGAGUAAGUGGAAACUCUUGCCGAAAUGACUGCUUACAAGUCACGUGGUUGUCCCAAUACCCAACAAACAGAGCUCAACCAAACAGAGUCCUGCUCUGAAGCAGCAGCUACUCUCUUCAGUGCCUGGACACCUAUAACAAACAAACCUUCCAACCAGCAGGAAAGUGCACAGCUUUUUCAGGAGAGAACGACUCUAAUUCUUCACUGGUUUGACCUUUGGACGGAUGGGCAGAGGAAACACUUGCUUCAGCUGUUGUUAAGAAGAUGUUCCAAAUCCCAGCUCAAAUCCAUCAGUGACUACUUUAGUAAAGUUGCUCCCAUUACAAGACUGGACUUUACCACUGUGCUGCCUCGGGUACUCUCCUUGUACAUCCUGUCUUUCCUGAGCCCUAUGGACUUGUGUGCUGCAGCUCAGGUCUCCUGGUACUGGAGGUUCCUAUCAGAGCAGGAUUGCCUGUGGGCUCCAAAGUGUAUUCGACAGGGUUGGUUCCUCACCUAUGGAACAUCCGACAAUGAAUAUGGUGCCUGGAAGAAACACUAUGUUGCCUGUGCUUGCAACCUGGAUUUUUUGUCCCCACGGGAAGCAGCGGACCUCUAUGGUACCCUGAACGAAACUUUGCCUGAAGCAGAAGAGGAGGAAGAGAAACGAACAGAAUGUCUAAUCAGGCGAACCAUCCGCGAGAAGAUUGUGGAGCAUAAAAAAGCUGAUUUGAAGAGCAGGAGGGCAUGGUUAACCAACUCAAAAGGAACAUAUGCAAGCAGUAUCAGACAGAAAUCCAGCCUGCUGCCUCUGAGUCGGUCUACCACUCUUGUCGAAAUAGGGGAUAAGUGCCGAUUAGAGAACUUGUUCAGCACGAAGCAGCAGAGACUUCAGCUAAAUUCAACCAUUGAGAUAUCAUGUGCUACCAGCUCAAUGAAAACUUUAGCAAUGAGUUCGCACUUAAAGUCAUUCAUCAGCUCCAUCAAUCAUCCUCCACCCCACCUGCUACUUCUGUCAUCCAGACUUCCUGCUUAUGAGAUGGUGCUAUGUGGAGCUCUGGUCAAUGUAGUGCCAUUGUUGUAUGACUACAGUGGAAUGACUUUAGAGGCUCUUCUCUGUCUGGUUGAGAAAGCUAUGAAGGGCAGAGUGAUACAGAGUAUUGGCAUCAUAGCUGAGGGAAACACUGAAGAGAUUCAGCUUGUAGAAGGCAUGAGCAUCACAGAGAAGAGCAUCUUAAAUCCCGACGUGAGGGCGUUUUGGGAAAAGCUCUGUGGCUGGGUGGUACCUGCGUCAGAAGCAGGGUCUCUCAACAUUUUUGUGCCUCUGGCUGCUUCUGUUGCAGGAAUGGCACUAAUAAACAAAUUGUCCAUUCUGACUGGUUUGAGCGUCAGGGCACCCACAGGAAUCUGCACCGGCUCCUACCAGCACAUUCUGAGCGAGUGGUUAGGGAAUGGUGACUUCCCUCCACUGAUGUACUUGAAUGAAGGACCCUUGGUUUCAUGGUGCAGGCAGUCAGAAUGGAUAGAGCAGUCACUGCAGGUCCUAAGGAAACAACUAGAACCGCAACUGCGGCUCCUGAGUUAUGAGACGAGAGGCCGCACGCUUGGUCUGUUCCUUUGGGAUCACAUAAACUUGCCUUUUGUAAAGCUUAAAUCAGAAGUUAUGCAAGUUGUAAUCGAGGGUCUUGUGGCACUUAUGAAAGAAACAACAGAUAAUCCACUGGAGUUCCUGGGGAAAUUCCUACUGAGGAAAUGUGUGGAUGGCACUGUGAAAAAAUCUGAGAUUUUAACCGAGAGCGCAUCUUACAACUCUAACCACAAGGUCGCAAAGAGUUUGUUAGGUGAAGCAGACCGGCGCAGUGGUGCAUUUAUGGAGCUGCUGAACAGCGAGAAAGCUUACGUGCGUCUGCUACAGGCUAUACACAGCGUGUACUACAUUCCACUACGAGCAGCUCUGGACUCCAACCGAGCAAUUAUUAGCUCUGCCAAUCUUGUGAUGCUCUUUAAUCCCAUGCUGGACAUCCUGGAAGCCAAUAAAGUUUUUCUGCAGGAUCUUACAGAGAGGUCGGAGGAAUGGAGUCCUCUGCAGUGUGUGGGCGACGUGUUUGUCCGAUUCUGUGCCAAGCUACGGGCUUACACCAAUUUCUUCAACAACUACCACACUGCUAUCAGGACCAUAGAUAAGUGCAAAGAGAUGCUUCCUGUAUUUCGAGCCUUUAUAAAGAGACACAAUAAGACCCUUGCUACUAGGAUGUUAAGUCUCCAGGAGCUGUUUCUAAGUCCUUCCACAAGGGUAGAGGAGUAUGUGAUUUUGCUCCAGACUUUGAUGCUACACACCCCACCCAAACACGCUGAUCACACACACAUAUCGUCUGCCUUAAACACGUUAAGGAAUUAUAGGAACUUCAUCCACAAGUUGAAAAAAAGUUUAAACCAGGAGGAGAAAAUGCUGGAAGUGCAGAAGAUCAUUCAGAGCUGCCCAAAUCUACAAGAGGGAGGCCGAUAUCUGAUCACCGUACAGGAUGUGGCAUUACUGAGUUGCCUUAAUGAAGACAUUGCUCCAUCACUCAGGAUGUACGAGUGUGUUAAGGAGCUGGGACUGUUUCUGUUUAACGAUGUCGUGGUGCUGACUGAGAAAAGAGAGACUCAUGUGCCGUUCAGUCUGGCAGUGAACACAUCUCACACAUUCCUGGCCUCUGUAAGCUUGCACAGCCUCAAUGUCUCGGACAUAGUGGACACAAAGUACAUGCAGAAUUCUUUCCUCCUGGAGAGCCCAAAUCGCCAGUGGAUGUGUGCCACAGACAGAGAGGAGGAUAAGAUCAGGUGGCUUUGUGCUUUAAGCAGUGCUAUAAAUGCAGCUAAACACAAUUAAAGCAGCUGU